AGGCGUGUCCGCGCGGUGCACGUGGACGGGCGAGCGGAGAGACCCACACAGACGGACAGGCAGUGGAGGCGGACUGACUGACUGAGUGACCAGCAGACCGGCAGGCAGGCAGGCAGGCGGACUGACUGAGUGAGUGACUGGCAGGCGGGAAGGCAGACAGACUGAGUGAGUGAGUGACUGAGUGAGUGACCAGCAGGCCGACAGGCAGGCGGACUGACCGGCUGAGUGAGUGACUGGCAGGCCGGCAGGCAGACAGACUGAGUGAGUGAGUGAGUGACUGAGUGAGUGACCGGCAGGCCGGCAGGCAGGCAGGCGGACUGACUGACUGAGUGAGUGACUGGUAGGCAGGCAGGCAGGCGGACUGACUGAGUGAGUGAGUGACUGAGUGAGUGACCGGCAGGCCGGCAGGCAGGCAGGCGGACUGACUGACCGAUUGAGUGACUGGCAAGUCAGCAGGCAGGAAGACAGGCAGGCGGGACUGAUGGUCAGGGAUCGACACCACUCAAGUCAAGGAGGACAAACGGACGGAGACGUCGAUAAACACAUAGACACACAAAUAGACAAACACACAGACACACAUAAAAACAAACACACGGACACACAAAUAGACAAACACACGGACAUACACAUAGACAAACACACAGACACACACAUAGACAAACACACAGACACACAAAUAGACAAACACACAGACACACACAUAGACAAACACACCCACAGAAGUUGACAGACAAAGACACACAGACACACGACGCGUCUCGCGCGAGAACGGCUGUCUCGGCAUGUGGAGUUGACCCGCCCGAGGAGUGACCGAGACAUGAGUUGGAUCCCGGGUGCGGCGCGAGGGGGCACAGCGAGGCGCGAUCGAAGCUCCCGGGCCCCGCUGUGGCUCCCUCUGCUCCUGCUGCUCCUGCUGCUGCUGCUGCUCACCCCGUGGGCCCUGGGUGUUGGUGGAUCACGCGCCGCUCAGGAAGAGGUGUCGCCACUCGACUAUCGGCCACCCCCCGCGCUCACCCCAACGCUGACCCCCAGUCUACCCCCUUACCGGCCGGGACGCGACCCCCUGCGCGCUCCAGACCCCCGCUGGCAAGGGGACCACCCCCCUUCGCUUCGCCAGGAGUCCCCUCUGUUGUCCGGACCUCGCCGCGUCCGACUCCCUCGGCGCGCGGCGUUCGCAAUGGGGGUUGACGGCGCAUGGAGAGAUGGGACGGGCCACCGAGAAUUGGCGGGUCUAGACGACCUCCCGGGGUCCCAGGAGGAAUUUCAGUUCGACCUCAGCGACCCUGGCUCCUGUAACCCCGGCGACCCCAUCUGUGAACUCAGUGACCCCGCUGACCCUUGCGACCCCAGUGACCCCAACUGUUCAUUUGACCCCAAUGAACUCAGCGACCCCGUUGAACCAUGCGACCCCAGUGACCCACACUGUCCAUUUGACCCCAAUGAACUCAGUGACCCCGUUGAACCAUGCGACCCCAGUGACCCACACUGUCCAUUUGACCCCAAUGAACUCAGUGACCCCGUCGAACCAUGCGACCCCAAUGACUCCAACUGUCCAUUGGAACCCAAUGAACCCAGUGACUCCUGCGACACAAGUGACCCCAAUUGUCCAUUUUACCCCAAUGAACUCAGUGACCCUGCUGACCAGUGCGACCCCAAGGACCCCAAGUGUCCGUGUGACCCCAAUUCCUUGUGUGACCCCAAUGAACUCAAUGACCCCAAUGAAGCCCAGGAUUCGGCCGAUUCGCCCGACUCCCGUGACCCCGCCGAUCCCUGUGACGUCAGCGAACCCCUCGGUGACCCCAUGGAACCCAAUGACCUCUGUGAUCCCAAUGACCCCGGCGAGCCAGAAGAACCCACGGAGCCUCCAGAAAGGCCCCCCCUCGUCCUGCCGCCGAAGCGGGGCCCCCCUGGGACGUCAGGGUCCCGCGGACCCCCAGGAUCACGGGGUACCGAGGGAGAGAUGGGCGAGAAAGGGGACAAGGGGGAUGAGGGCCCCCCCGGGCGAGUGGGGAUGACGGGGGCAUACGGUCCCCCGGGCCCCCCAGGGCCCCCCACCUUCCUCAUCUGGAGCCACGCCCUAGAAGAGUGGGAGGAGUUCUUGAAAACCCCCUUCUACCGCGUGCUGUCCACGGGCUGGCCAAGGAAAGGAGAAGCGGGGCCUCCGGGAUUUCAGGGCCUUCCCGGGCCCCCCGGGCCUGAUGGGGAGCGGGGUCCAGAGGGGCUCAGAGGGGACCCGGGGAAAGAGGGCCCCGUUGGACCCCCUGGGAGACCGGGACCCCCGGGUCGCUCCGCCUCGCAGGGGACCCCGGGGGUGAAUGGACGCGCGGGACCCCGAGGAGUCCCCGGGGACACGGGUCCUCAAGGAUACUCAGGGGACAAGGGACGCAAGGGGCAGAAAGGUUUUGCGGGUCUCCGUGGACUGAGGGGCCCGCCUGGCGAUAAAGGCGAGAAGGGAUUAAAGGGCAGCGACGGGGACGAGGGAUUCCCUGGGGGAUACGGAAUGCCGGGCAUGCUCGGACCACGUGGUCCCCGUGGUCUACCUGGGCUGUCGGGACCUGAGGGCGGAUAUGGAGACGAGGGGAGGUAUGGAGCACGAGGCAAGCCGGGUCAGAGGGGUCCCCCGGGGACGAAGGGGAUCAAGGGUUACCCCGGCCCACGGGGGGAUCACGGGAGCGCGGGUCCCCCGGGCUUCGCGGGGCUCCAGGGACCCUCAGGUCCCCCUGGCUCCAGGGGUCUCAAGGGGACCCACGGCUUGCAGGGAGUCCCUGGUCUGGACGGGUUGCCAGGGGACACGGGAGACCCGGGCCCUGGAGGAACAAAAGGGGUCCAUGGGGAGUGGGGUCCAACAGGGGACAAGGGUGACCCUGGGAACUUGGGCCCCCUGGGACCUAAAGGAGACCAGGGAGUGACUGAAAGAGGCCAGAAGGGGGACACGGGACCCCCGGGGUCAAAGGGCGACCCUGGGGCCCCAGGCCCUGGGGGCCAUCGAGGCCCCCGAGGGGCGGAUGGCGACGUGGGGGCCAAGGGGGAGGAGGGGCCCGAGGGGGAGCCGGGACCCCCCGGACAGGAGGGGGCUCUGGGGGUCCCCGCUGGGACCAACGGCACCGAGGGGGCCCAGGGAGCGAUGGGAGCGGAGGGGGCGGCUGGCGUGAAGGGCAACCCAGGGAAGAGAGGUCGCACGGGGCAGAGGGGACUGGGGGGUUCACCUGGACUGCAGGGAGAGAAGGGAGCGCAGGGCCCCCCAGGAUUGGAUGGAAUUCCGGGUACACAGGGCGUUCCUGGAAGGGCAGGAAUCACAGCACGGAGAGGGCGCAGGGGUCUACGGGGGGAGCCUGGCCCCCCGGGAUUGAACGGAACUCUGGGCCCCCCGGGAUUGCCUUCAAGCCCUGGCAAGAGAGGGGACCCGGGGCCCCGUGCUGAGAGGGGACUACCUGGAGCCCCAGGUCGUCAGGGACCGCAGGGAUCUGUGGGGAUGGAGGGAUUCCCGGGUGAGCUGGGUGAGCCGGGUCUACCGGGAGCCGUGGGUGUGCAGGGAGCGCGAGGAGACGGCGGAGACCCCGGGGAGAUCGGAGACCCUGGGGCCAAGGGUGAGCCUGGGCUCCCAGGGGAGGCAGGAGCUGAUCGCCUCCAGGGUUUUCAAGGAGAACCUGGACUCCAAGGCCUUCCCGGAUCCGCUGGGGAUCCUGGGAGAGCAGGGACAGCGGGGUCCACGGGGGUUCAAGGGGGAAAAGGGGACCUGGGCCCCCCUGGAGAACCAGGCCCACCUGGGCCCCCCGGCUACCCUGGCGGAGAUGGGGAGCGAGGUCUCGCAGGGCCCCCCGGCCCCCCAGCGAGGAAGGGUGACGCUGGAGCUCAGGGGGACCCGGGACACUGGGGCCUGGAGGGAGAGCAGGGCUCCCCGGGGCCCCUGGGCCGGCAAGGGCGCGCCGGCGACAAGGGGGCGGAGGGGGCCCGAGGCCACCCAGGCGAUCAGGGCCACACGGGGGCUGUGGGGGAGCAGGGGGAGGACGGAGAUCCGGGGGCGGAGGGGAGCCCUGGAGAUCGCGGAGUUCAGGGGCAUGUUGGGCCACUGGGCCCCAGAGGAGACCUCGGGGAGAGAGGGGAGUGGGGCACGGAGGGAUCUCGGGGCCCGCCCGGUCUCCUAGGCAACAGGGGCCUCCCCGGGCUCAGAGGGGCCCCUGGGCCCCGGGGAGAGACGGGGAGCUCGGGGUUUGUGGGUUCGUCUGGUGUCCCGGGGGGUCCUGGCCGAGGGGGUCUUCCCGGAGUAAACGGACCCCCAGGGCUCCCGGGACCCGCGGGCCCCGGUGGGCCCCCGGGAGAAGAGGGGGAGACGGGGGGAAGGGGUGCAAGGGGGAGGGGCGGAACGGGCGGGAUGCAGCCUGGCACAGGCAGCGUGGUGGUGUCACCCUCGCUGAGUGGCGUGUACACAUGGCGGGCUGUGCUGGCCACCCCACCCCCUCGAGCGAGGCUACCCAGGGGGUCGUUGUCUCUUGCCGUGUGGCGUGUACAGGGUCCACCAGGAGAGGUCGGGGAGAAAGGGGACAGGGGCCCCCCAGGAAUCCAGGGCGUUGUGGGACCAGCGGGCGAGAAGGGGUUCCGGGGACUGAGGGGACCUCACGCGGCCCGGGGGUUAAAGGGCGACCGAGGGACGACGGGGGAGCUGGGCCACGAGGGAGCGGAGGGGCCCAAGGGGCCGGCGGGGCCCCGGGGCCCCCCAGGAUCCCCGGGGGCCACGGGGAGCAGGGGUCCGUGGGGGCCUGUGGGCGGCGUGGGGGUUCAGGGUCCUUUAGGGCUGCCAGGGCUCGAGGGUCCAGCUGGGAUCCCGGGGUCAAAGGGCGAGAGAGGCUACAGAAGGAGGGGCUCACCAGGAAUUCGAGGAGUGCAGGGAGAGCCGGGCCCCCCAGGUCCGGCAGGAGUGGGGGGCCACCCCGGGUCCAAGGGCACACAGGGCCCGGUUGGCAGCGAGGGGACCCCCGGACCUUCAGGAUUCCCGGGACCCCCGGGAGCGGGGGCCGAGGCGGGAGACGCGGGGACCCCGGGGCCCGGGGGGGUGCAGGGAGAGGUGGGGCCCACGGGGGAGAAGGGACGCACGGGGCCCAAGGGGCCCACGGGUGGUAUUGGAGAAGCUGGUACCGCUGGAGCCAAGGGGCCGCAGGGCGAUGUCGGGUCUCAGGGUCUGCCCGGGUCACAGGGGCUGUUGGGUUUACCAGGAAUGUUUGGAAAAAAGGGGGAGAAGGGGAUACGGGGCCAGCGAGGGGAUAGGGGGCCCUCGGGCCCUCCCGGGCCUCCGGGGCCCCCCGGCCCUGCAGGCCCGUCGACGGGACUCGGACACCACCGCCCUGGCGCUACGGCACGGCCCUCCUGGGAGUGGCCUGAGGACUGGCCGUUGUGGGGCCCUCCAUGGGCCCCGGGCGAGGCCACGCGGAGCGGCGCGGGGGAGCCAGCCGGGGCCGCGUCCGCGCCGGGCCCCCCGGGCCUUGUUGGCGAGCACCCGCCGGCCACGUGCCACGAGCUGCAGCUGUGCAGGCCGGGCCUUGUCGACGGGCACUACUGGAUCGACCCCAACCAGGGCUGCCCGCUCGACGCACUGCUCGCUCGCUGCCACUUCUCGGCCGGCGGCGCCACCUGCGUUGGCGGCGUUGGCGGUGCGGCGGCGGCGGCGGCGGCGAGCCAGCGGGCCCCGCCGUACCCGGGCCUGGGCGCCGUCCAGCUCAAGUUCCUGCGCCUCCGGAGCGGGCGAGCGUGGCAGCACGUCCGUGCCACCACGCGAGGGGGCGGCACGGGGGGCGCCGAGGGGGGCGAGGACGAGGAGGGGGAAGAGGGGCCGACGCUCGUGGGAGACGACGGCACCGAGAUCGGGCCGGGACACGAUGCCUACCGCGUGCUGCGUCGCGACUGCACGCAGGCCGGAACGCGAGACGAGGUGUGCGUCCUACACCUCGUCGUUUCGACGAGCAGCACGGAGUCUCUGCCCAUCCGCGCCAUGCCCCUUCGGGGGCCCCGCCGGUGGGGGGUCGCCCUCUCGCUGGGACCUCUGUGCUUCCUCUAGCGAGGGCAGCAAGGGGGGGAGGCGGGGGGGGCAGUGCUGUGCGGGUGAGGUGGAGGGGAGGGGGAAGCAGGAGCGUUGGCUGCUGUGGUUGAGGGGCAGCAGGGAUGC